AUGGUGUACGAGGACCGGACCCUCUCCUUCGGGCACUGCGGGCACCCGCACCUCAAGGCCCCCUUCCGCCUGGACCCGCUGGACUACCUCCCGUGCAUCAGCAUCGGGAAGGAGGGCGUCAAGAUCCGCGUCUCGGUGGACGCGCCCGAGAGGAAGCGGAAGCUGGCCGACGCCGACGAUGGCGCCGCGGCGCUGAAGAUCGCCAGGACGCUCUGGUCGGACCGCGCCUUCUCCGAUGCCGUGGUGGUGAGCCCACCGAGGUCGAUCGCGGUCCACCGCUGCGUGCUCGCGGCGGCGUCCCCGUUCUUCGCGAGGGCGUUCCAGGGCUGCAUGCGGGAGUCCAGCGAGGCCAGGGUGGUCAUUCGGAGGAGAAGACGCCGAUGCGGAUGCCGUGGAGGCGCUGGUGCGCUACCUGUACACGGGCGCGGUCGACAGCCGGGUGGAUCCCGCCGCGCUGCUCUCGCUGGCGCACCGCUUCGAGGUGCACGGGCUGCUGCGCCUGUGCGCCGCCGCCAUCGUGUGGGACCUGGCGGAGGACAACGUCGCUCGCAGCGUCGCGGCCCUCCGCCCCUUCAAGGACGAGGCGCCCAUCUCGGAAGUACUGGAACGCUCUCGUCGACAGGCUCGCCGAGGACAGGCAGCUGCUGCAGGCGCAGCUCGCCGGCUAGGGGGCGUGCCCGCUGCCUGCGGGGUGGGGGCGUGCGGCCGCGCUGA